AGCAAGUCAAAACGAGAGAUAAUGGAAAGGAUAUUAGGGUUCAAUGAGUAUACUUCAGGGAAGUCCAACAAAGGGAGAAAGAGAGAGAGAGAGGCACUAAAUGGCUUCCAGAGCAAAGAGACAGAAUGGGGACCAGCGUACUCUCCCUGAGCUGAGAAUCAUCCUCCUGGGGAGGGAUUGGCUGGAGAAGAGUCAAACAGGAAACACCAUCUUGGACAGGAAGCUGUUUGACACCAGGAGGGACGUGGAGAUGUGUGUGAGGAGACAGAGUCUAGUGGACGGCCGGCAGGUCACUGUGGUCAACACAUCAGACAGAUGCAUCCAGUACUCCGUGCAGGACCCUCUCCUUGUCCACCGUAACAUAGAAGCCAGCAUAUCCAUGUGUCAACCAGGUCCCCAUGCCUUUUUCAUGGUCAUCCCUUUGAACUCACGCAAAGGCAGGGAAUGGACAGUAGAGGGCCCCCUCAAGCUUCUCAACCACAUACUCUGGAGACACAUGAUGGUAGUGUUUACCCAAUGUGAGAAACUCAGGGGAAUGUCACUAGAGGAACACAUAGCGAGACAUGGGUUUCUCCAAGAGAUGGUGGAGAAGUGUGGGCAUAGGUACCAUGCUUUAAACACUAGGGCCAACACAUGGGGCAAUGAUGUCACUCACGUCCCAGAGCUGCUGAGGAAGAUAGAUGAGAUGGUGGCAGGUGGUCCUGGUUAUGUUGUCAUGAAUGAGAGGUUUUCAAUGGCAAUUGAAGUUAAGAGGAUGGCAGAGGAGGAGAGGGCGAGCUUGAGACGGAUGACGGUUCAGAGACAGAGGGAAACACUCAGAUCUCUGCUCAGGGGUAAGUCCCACCAACUAUCUGAAGCUGAACAAAGAAUCAUGAUAGUGGGACCUCGACUGGUUGGGAAGAGCUCAUCUGGAAAUAGCAUCCUGGGUAAGAAAAACUUUGAGGCUGGACACACGACUUCACACAGUGUGAAAAGACAGGGUGACAUCACCGUAAGACAAGUCACCGUGGUGGACACACCCGGGUGGCAUGGGCGAUACUGCACUGAGGACACUCCUGAAGUAGUAAGAAUUGAGAUUACCCAAGGUGCAUCUCUUUGUGCUCCCGAGCCGCACGCUGUCCUCGUGGUCGUACGCUGUGACGAAACAUUCACAGAGACGGACAGGUCAAGAGCAGAAGAAAAACUGAAUCUGAUUGGUCGGUCAGUCUGGAGUCAAGCUAUAGUGUUGUUCACCUGGGGAGACAAGCUUGGCGACACAGCCAUCGAACUUCACAUCGAGAGAUGGCCUGCCCUUCAGUGGCUUGUCGAUAAAUGUAGCAACAGGUACCAUGUCUUUGAUAACACAAGCCCGGCUGGAGGCCCUCAGGUCACAGAACUUCUGGAGAAAAUUGAGGAGACAGUGAUGGGAAACGAUGGUGAACACUGGCUCAAAAUGUACUGGGAGCUCAGGGAGAGCAACAAGAAGUUGACAAAAAGCUCUGAGGAGAUUGGGAGAAGACUAGAGGAGGAAGAGAGGGAGAAUGACAAGCUUAAAAGGAUGAUUGAAGAGAAAGAGAGGAAAGUAGAGGAAAUAGAUAAGCGACAUGAGGAGAAAGAUGGAAUGUUGAAAGAGAUGGAGCAGAGAAACACAAUGAGAGAAAAGGAGAUAGAAGACAUACGUAUGGAGUAUGAAAGAGAGAAGGAAUCCCUCAAACAAAUGUGUGUGGAGAAAGACAUAGCAUUGGAUCAGAUGAAGAGGAAGCAUGAAAGAGAAAGUAAAGAACUGAGAGACAAGAUAGAAAACCUGGAAAAGAGAAAGUUUGAAAGAGAAGAGGAGUUGAAUGCCAUGAUUGUUGAGAUACAGGAGUUACAAGAGAAUAAACAAAGGUAUGAAAUGAAAGAAGUGAAGAUAUCAAUGCUAGAGAACGAUGUAGCGGAGUUUAAGCAGCAGAAUAAAGUGAGAGAAGACAUGAUCAACCAUGCGAAGAUUAAGGAGGAUCGAAUACAACUACACAGAGUGGAAUCUACAGCACCUGCGGACAUGGUGGACAACUCUUAUCUAAAGACUCAACAUAGAAAUUUGAGAAAGACACAGAUGUUGUCACAGAAGGAUGGUGAGAGGCAUAGGGACACAGCAGGACGAGAGCAGAGAGUUGGAGAUGAACAGAGAGAUGCACCAUGGUUGAAGGUUGGGGCAGCAGUACUGGGGGCAGUGGUUGGGGCCAUGGCUGGCUCUGUGAGGGCACCACUAAGUGCAGCCACAGGGACUACUAUAGGGGCUGCAGCAGGGAUUUUGCUGGUGAGUUUGCUGAUACAAGAGGAAGAGGCCAGAGAGAAUAAAGUGGAGUCUGAUUCCCCUGAUUAAUUAAAAACUUCUUCAGGAUUGGUGGGUCCCCAGCGUGGCAUUUGAGCUAACGUAGGCUAAUGCAAUUAGC